AUGUUGAGAAUAGUGCUUGCGAGUUGUUUCCUUCAGCUUGCAUCCUUGGCAGCCUCUUUGAGCGUUCGCCAGAGCGGAGGGCAAAACACCUGCACGAUUCCUUCCCAGUUCAAGUCUUCACGUGGGAAAGCGGACGACUCGCCUGCAAUCUCCUCCGCCUUUGCACGAUGCGCUCGAGACUCGACGAUCGUCUUCACUGAGGGUAUCGACUACAACGUGCUCCAGCCCAUUUCUGCAACCAAUCUGUCGAAUGUCUCCAUUAGGAUGCAGGGAACGCUUCAUCUUCCAAAGAACAUCACGGCAGUCCAAGCACUCGUGAACAAGACCACCGCCGCAACAAACGCAUCGGCGCUUUACUGGUUCACUCUGUCAGGUCCAUCGAUUCAUUACAUCGGCACACCAAAUGUCACCACAGGCUGGAUCAACAGCUACGGCCAAGCCUGGUGGGAUUCCAACCCCAAGAACGGCAGUGGCGCCCCUUCCCGACCGCAUCUGAUGAGCUUCAACACCACCAAUGGCUCUGUAAAAUACUUCAAGUCCCGCAAACCGAUCGCGUGGGGUAUGCAAGUCAGUGGCAAGAACAUCACCAUUUCAGACACCGUCAUCGAUGCUGUGUCCAACAGCCAUGGAUUUCCUUUCAAUACCGAUGGUUUCGACGUAGGCGGUACCGAUGUUCAGAUACUCAACAGCGUCAUCUUCAAUGGUGACGACGCCAUCGCGGUACAAGCUGGAGCCAAUAAUGUCUUGUUCCAGGGCGGCACCAUCGGCUAUCAGAGCCACGGCAUGAGCAUUGGCUCACUCGGACAGAAUCAAGCCAAGUGGGCGAACGUGUCGAAUAUCAGGUUCGACGAUAUCACGGUCAUCAACGCCGUGUAUGCGGCACGGUUCAAGUCUUGGGUCGGAGGUAAGGGAUUGGCGCAGAAUAUUACUUGGUCCAACAUCAGAGUCUACAAUGUCACGUUUCCAAUUUUCGUGACGCAGACGUACAUCAAUCAAGGCUCCGCCCAGACUCAACUGGAGAACGGGACCACCGUUGGGAGACCGAACAACUCGACGGUCAACAUGGAAGACUUCACCUGGGCCAACUUCACCGGAACAAUCAACACGUUUAAUCCUGGCGAUGGUUCAUGUGUCACUGAUCCAUGCUGGUACGAUGUUGGUCUGCCGGAUCUGCAACACACGGAAGCCGUCAUCAUCGAGUGCAACACGAACACAUCCUGCAAGAAUUUUGCGCUUGACAAUAUUCAGGUCUUCCCGGAGACUUUGACCCCGUCGACAGUCAUCUGCAUCGAUGCCGGCGCCGCAUUGAAUCCGAACCUGGGCUUCCGGUGCGCGAACGGGACGUAUGCGCCUGUUUGA